UUACCGAUUUCCGGUAAUGGAGGACAACAUAGAGAUAUUAUCCAAUCAAAUUCAUCGUAGUAUCUGAUAUUCGGGUCAUGUUGAUUUACCUGAGGAUUAUCGAUCUGUUUUGACACUAAGUAUUAUGUAAACAUAUACACGUGCCUCAAUAAAAUCAAUGAUUUGUCAAAGUUUUAUGGGUCUUAAUUGGUAAUAAAAUUAUUGAUCUUUGUUAUUUAUACGGAUCAGCUUGGGAGUUACAUAAUUAACUGUUUUAAUUUUUUUACUUAUCAUUUAAUUGAGAUUAAUUAUAUUAUAAUCAAGUUAACUAGUUAAAAAAAUUCUUUAAUCAGGUGAACAUAGUUAAUAAUUAUCUUAAUUAUAACUGAUCAAAGGAAUUUUGCAAAUUAAACGUAAAGGCUUGGAUGCUGUUUGCACAUUGAGACAAUUGUUAUAAAAGGAUAUGAAAGAUGGAAUUGAAUCAUAACAGUUCAAACUAUCACAAUGGUUGUUACUCCACCCAGCAAGAAGAAACGUUUGCCAUGCCGUUUUCUUGAAAAAUGGCAGAAUGACCUGAAGUUUUCAGGAUGGUUGACCAAGUCCAACACAGGAGACUCCCAUGCUUACUGCAAAUUAUGGAAUAAAGACUUCAGAAUAGACCACGGUGGCCUUAAUGAUGUUAAUAAACACACCAACACAGCAAUGCACAUUAAGAACCUACAAGCACAGAACAGUACCAAGUCUGCCUCCAACUUCUUCACCCGCCCAGAUGAUGAUGGUGUGACAAAAGCAGAAGUCGUCUUCGCCUACUCUAUAGCAGAACACAACAUACCCUUCUCUUAUGCAGACCAUUUCACCAAACUUUGCAAAGUGAUGUUUCCAGACAGCAAGAUCGCAACCAAAUUUGCUUGUGGCAGAACCAAGGCUACUCAGAUCGUCAAAAGAUCCCUGGCACCUGCACUUCAGCAAGAUGUCAUCACCAACCUUAGAACCCAACCAUUCUCACUUGCAAUAGAUGAAAGCAACGAUAGAAACACUGACAAAUGCCUGGCCAUCUUAGUGAGGUACUUCACUUCAGACAGUGCUAAGACCAGAUUCUUAACUAUGCCAAUCUGCAACAUAGGAAUUUCACAGAACAUCUUUGAUCAACUACAGCAAACUUUUGCCAACUACACAAUACCUUGGACCAACGUACUCAGCUUCAUGUCAGGCAACUGCAGUGUGAUGAUGGGAAAGAAUAACUCUGUGAUGACCCGCAUCAAAGAACAGUCACCUGACGUUUUUGACUUUGGUUGUGUAUGCCACUUAGCCAACCUUUGUGCAGUAGCCGGUGUUAAAGCUCUACCAGUAUCCAUCGAUGACAUGCUUGUAGACAUCUACUACCACUUCCACCAUAGUUCCAAGCGAAAAGAACAGUACAAAGAGUUCCUAGACUUCUGUGACGUAGAACCAAGCAAGCUACUCAAACACGCAACUACAAGAUGGCUCAGUUUGGAAACCUGUGUUGACCGCACUCUUCAUCACUGGCCAGCUCUCACCAGUUACUUCAACUCCCACUGUGAGGUAGAGAAACCCGGACGUAUUCAGAGAGUAGCAACUCAACUCAGUGACCAUGAGAUCCACCUUUACUUCUACUUCCUCAGCUUUAUCUUGGGACCACUCAACAACUUCAACACCAUCUUCCAAGCUUCAGAGGCACGUAUUGGUUACCUGGCAGCAGAGAUGAAGACCCUUCUACGUACCUUCCUGGGAAAAUUCGUCAAAGCCAAACUCAUUCACACUACUCAAGAUCUGACAACCAUAGAUUACAGCAAUCCUGACAACCAACUACCAAACAGUAUUCUCAGUAUUGGACCCAACGCAAGAGGCUACCUGUAUGACCACUCAGAUGAUAUAUCUCCAACAGUACUUCAGAGACUUUUUAGCUCAGUUCGUCAAUUCUAUUGUGCAGUAGUAAAGAAGAUGUUGACCAAGUUUCCUUUCAAUGAUCCAGUUGUUUCAUGUUUGGCUUUCCUCAACCCAGCAGAGAGAGGUAAUCUAGACUUCAAUGACACACUGAAGAUUGUCAAGAGAUUUCCAGUACUUGUACCAUCUACCCAGUUUGCAGCAUUGGAAGAAGAGUUCAUUGACUACCAGGUGACACCAGCUGAUGAGCUACCCAAGUUUGACUCAGAUACCAGAGUAGACUCCUACUGGGCUGCAGUUUCAGCAAUGACAAACAAGAUCACAGGAACAGCAAGAUUUCCACUACUAACAAGAGUUACCAGAGCAAUGUGUUGUAUACCCAACUCCAAUGCAGAUUAUGAGAGAGUCUUCAGUAUGGUCAAGAAGAUACACACAGAACACAGGUCAUCACUGGACAACUCAACACUCUGUGACCUACUUACCACUAAGAUCAACUCAGACUGUGCAUGCUACCAGCUAAAACCAGACAAAGACUUGUUGAAGACAGCAAAGAAAGCAUGUGUUGCUUACAACAAAGACUGUGGAAAUUAGUGCCAAAUGACAAUUUUAUAGUGCUGACAAUUUUAAGUGAUGAUAAUGUAACUUAGUGCUUUCUACUUAGUGCAAAAUGAACAUUAGUAGCUUUUAUGUUUUUUUGCUCCUUGUGUAUUAUUGUUUUGUA